AUGCAGCUCGAGAACAUCCUCCCCAGCGCCAGCAUCAACUUACCCAAAACCUUUUACAACCUGGCAACCACGGACAGCGCCAGCACCAGCCCCAGGCCUCCCUCGCAGCUCGAGUACCAAGACGUGGAACGCAGCGAGUCCGAGUCCACUUCUGCCGCGGGGAAAAAGUACCUGGGCAACGGGAUGCUGGGGGCCGAGGCGACAGAGGGGGAGACAGGGAGGAAGGGCUCCCCCGUUUUGGGAGAGGAUGAUUUGACCAUCUCCAGGCGCUACAGCAUCGAUGACUUGGGCGCUGAUAGAUAUUUUCUGUCUUCGUCUGCUCAGGCCGGUUCUGACAUGACUAACCCGUGCUCGCUGUUCCCUUACGCGGGUCAGACAGCUUACUCUGGGUCCAGUGCAUCCAGGUACCCCGCGUCUCUGCACUACAGCUCGGUGUUGCCUCCCGCGGGCUUCUCCUCCUCCUCCGUGUGCAGCAGCCGAGGCCAGUUCAGUGGAGGCGGGUAUCAGUUCAGCCAGGGCCCGGGCUGCCUCUACCCCUCUUACCCAUCCACCGGCCCCGGGAUAGGAUCCAUGCCACUGACCGGAGGCAGCGCUGGAGCCAGGGCCCAGGUUUAUCUGUGCAACCGACCUCUGUGGCUCAAGUUCCACCGGCACCAGACUGAGAUGAUCAUCACCAAACAGGGCAGACGCAUGUUCCCGUUCCUGAGUUUCAACAUCACGGGCCUGAACCUCACCGCGCACUACAACGUCUUUGUGGAGGUUAUUCUCGCGGAUCCGAACCACUGGCGGUUCCAGGGAGGAAAGUGGGUCACCUGCGGGAAAGCGGACAACAACAUGCAAGGAAACAAGAUGUAUGUCCAUCCUGAAUCUCCGAACACCGGCGCUCACUGGAUGAGACAAGAAAUCUCCUUUGGGAAACUGAAACUAACCAACAACAAAGGCGCUAAUAACAACAACACACAGAUGAUCGUCCUUCAGUCUCUUCACAAAUACCAGCCGCGGCUUCACAUCGUGGAGGUGACGGAGGACGGCGUGGAAGACAUGAGCAACGAGUCUCGAACCCAGACUUUCACUUUCCCCGAAAACCAGUUCAUCGCCGUCACCGCUUACCAGAACACAGACAUCACACAACUGAAAAUAGACCACAACCCGUUUGCAAAAGGUUUCCGGGACAACUAUGACUCGAUGUACACCGCCCCCGAGAGCGACCGGCUCACCCCCUCACCCACCGACUCUCCCCGCUCCACUCAGAUCGUCCCGGGCGCCCGCUACGCCAUGCAGCCUUUCUUCCAGGACCAGUUCGUCAACAACCUGCCUCAGAACCGCUUCUACACCAGCGAACGCGCCGUGCCGCAAACCAACAGCCUCCUGUCGCCUCAGAGUGAAGACUCGUCCGCCGCGGCUUCGGCCCAACGCUGGUUUGUGUCUCAGCAGCAGCCGGGCGCCAACAAACUGGACCUCUCCUACGACAAUGACUAUUCCACCAGCUCUUUGCUCUCGUAUGGCAUCAAGCCCCUGUCGCUGCAGACCACGCACGCCCUCGGUUAUUACCCGGACUCUGCCUUUGCAUCAAUGGCGGCGGGAUGGGGCUCACGCAGCUCUUACCAACGCAAAGUGACCACGGGUUUGCCCUGGUCGCCACGCCCGAGCCCGCCGGCGUUCCCAGACGAACAGCUGGCAGGAGCGCAGGCAAAGGACAAGCUCCCGGAGGAGACCAGCGUGGCCCCCCCAGCCUCCACUUGGCUCGAAACGUCUCAUUCGCUGAAAUCUGUGGACUCUAGCGAUUACUCCAUGGGCUGCAAGAGGCGCCGGAUGUCCCCCGGAGGAUCCAGCACCGAGAACUCUCCCACCAUCAAAUGUGAAGACUUAACCGCGGACGAGUACAACAAGGACAACCCAAAAGGCAUGGGCUAUUAUGCAUUCUACACCAGCCCCUAA